AGAGAGAGAGGGAGAGAGUGUGUGUGCUCUCUGCUGUGCUGUGAGUAGAGGAGCUUCGCCAGCCAGCCUUCUCCAACUCUCCUCUGCACACGCUCCACUCCAACAGCUCGCCUCUCCUGCCUGCUCCAGAUGAUGUCUUGGAUUUAGCCGCCCCACAUGACUGAUAUGAAUAGGACGCUGGACAAAAUAAACACUUCUGGAAGCUUCAGACAGAAACCAGAGAUUUUUCAAAGUGACAAGAGUAAUGUGAGUGGUUUUCCCAGCCCAGCCCUCUUCCCGCUGCAGGAGCCUUUACUAACACCAAAUGCUCAGAGGACCAGAACUAAGCCCUGCAAGGGUAACAGGAGCCUUAAGGACGCAGAGGAGCCCUUAUCUUCCUCUGUUCCAAACCCCUUGCUGGAGUUCCUCCCGUCAACCCACUCCCCACUCGUCUCUGAAUGUUUAUUACCGUGGACCAAAAGUAGCGCGACUCAGGUGAUUAAAGUUUAUAGUGAAGAUAACACCAGCAAAGCCGUAGAGGUUCCCUCUGACGUCACUGCCCGGGACAUAUGCCAGCUGUUUGUCUUGAAAAAUCACUGCAUUGAUGACCACAACUGGACUCUUUUUGAACAUCUCACCCACCUAGGAAUAGAGAGAGCCAUAGAAGAUCAUGAGUCUGUUAUGGAGGUGCUAUCAGGCGGGGGGAUGGACACAGACAGCCGGCUAUACUUUAGGAAGAACUAUGCUAAAUAUGAAUUUUUCAGGAAACCUCUUGACUUUUUCCCAGAUCACAUGGUUUCCAUAUCUACUGAAACCAAUGGGAUGAUGGAUCACUCUGAUCUUAUAGAGACGUUUCUCAAAUCCAGCACUUGUCCGGAGAUCCACGGACACCUUCACGCUAAAGAGCAAAGCAGGAAGUCCUGGAAGAAGUUUUAUUUUGUCUUGCGGAGGUCUGGGCUUUAUUUAUCCAGCAAGGGGACUUCCAAGGAGCCCAGACAUCUCCAGUUCUUUGCUGAUUUCAGUGACAGCGAUGUCUACACGGUGUUGUCAGCCAAAAAACUACAUGGGGCACCUGCAGAGUUCGCUUUCUGUGUCAAGUCCACAAAGUGCAGUUCGGCUCGAGACUUGAAGCUGCUUUGUGCAGACGAUGAGCAGACCAGGACGUGCUGGAUCACAGCCAUGCGCUUGUUAAAGUUCGGAAUGCAACUUUAUCACAAUUUUAUUCAGCCACACCAGAAGCAAAAAGCCUCACCAAUGAGGAGCAUCUCCGAGAACUCACUGGUGGCCAUGGACUUCUCUGGACAAAAGACGCGGGUGAUUGAGAACCCGUCUGAGGCGCUGUCCGUGGCUGUGGAGGAAGGCCUGUCGUGGAGGAGGAAAAGCUGCCACCGUUUGAGUGGUCACGGGAGUCCCUCGGGUGCUCAAAGCUCCUCGCCAAACAUAGCGAUCCACUUGGCCCAGCCGUGGUUCCACGGUAAACUGUCUCGGGAAGAUGCUCAGCGUCUAAUCACUCAGCAGGGUCUGAUUGAUGGAGUGUUUCUUCUGAGGGACAGUCAGAGCAACCCGAAGACGUUUGUUCUCUCACUCUGCCACAUGCAGAAAAUCAAACAUUUUCAGAUCUUACCAGUGGACGAUGAAGGGCAGCUGUUCUACAGUUUGGACGAUGGUCACACGCGGUUUACUGACUUGAUCCAGUUGGUGGAGUUUUACCAGCUGAACCGAGGGGUUCUCCCAUGCAAGCUCAAGCACCACUGCACCAAGGUUGCUCUGUGAAGCGGAGACCCAAGAGACCCCAGAGGGCCCACGCGCACCUUAACUCCAGGUUCCUGUGGACUAACACUCCAAGUGUUCUUGUGCCUUGAAGAAAAAAGUUGUAUAGAAAGCAGUUUUCUUAUCGUGGGACUUGAAUCCAGCAUUAUCAUUAUGAUUAUUUCCAAUUAGUAAAAGACAACUCUUAAAAUAGACUGUUCGAGAAAUGACUGCUGGUGCUGAAAAUCAGAUGCAAGAUUACUUUUCUGCAGGGUGACGUGCCCAUAUGAGGCACUAGCUUUGUUUUGCAGAGUCUGCAUAUGACUUCCUCCACUGUGCAUUAAACUGAAAACGGCUUAUGAUUCACAACGUGAUGCCAGUGACAGAAAACCAUUUAACCAACAGGAGCAGGUAUUUAAGCUCGUAUAAGGUGUUAUACAGAUGUAUCAGUUAAGGUUCGGCACAGUGAAGGAUGGUUGAAACCUCAUGACACCUCUAGCCUGUCCCAGUUCAGUAACGUAAGCUAUCUCACUUUUAAUUGUAAUUUGAACUGUAAGUAUUCAGGUAUUUUUAGUUUCUUUUUUGAGAAAGUGAUUGUUUUUCUAGUUGAAAGAUUAAAAAAAAAAAAUAAAAAAUAUAUGACCUCUCAGGAAAAUUCAUUGCAUGGCCUGCAAAUGGACUGAGAAGAGAAAACGGACAAGAGAGCUGAAGAGAUGGAGCGCAACCUCAUCACCCGGCACUGUGCAUUCAUUUUUACAUUUAUGGUUAAAGUGCGCGUUUUGAAUUCAGGCAGGUAUUUGUGAGGUUGCUCCAGAACAAAAGCAAUGGAACAUAUUUUAUAAACUGCAACGUCUUUCACGGAGAAAUCACAAAUGCAAUGUAAACGGUUCUGAUCAUGUUUGAAUUCACUGUAUGAUGAAAUUAAGCUUUUUUAUUCUCCCAAGAUUCAGUUGCACGAGUUGCAAAAGCCUGGUUUGAUAAUUUGGUGUACGUCCCCCUCAGGUGGAUCCACACUGUGACCAGACCGUAUCAAACAUGUUUUUACUUUAUUAGCACUGUUGUAGAUAUUGAGUGUCAUUCUUUUUUUUUUUUUUUUUUAAAGCAAAUAAUGUAUUAGAUAAACAAAACGAGACAUUUCAAA